AUGCGACAUCACCAUCUGUUUGCAGAUAACUUUUUCUCAUCUUUACCUCUUGUGGAGGAUCUGUUUGCUGCUGAUACGUACUACUGCGGUACAUUGCGGAAGGACAGGGUAGGCAUACCCAGACAGCUGCAGAAUGUGCGUUUGCAAAGAUAUGAGAGUGUCAAAUGGCAGAAAGAUCAUUCUCAAGUAACUGUAAAUAACUGGAAAGAUAACAGAAAUGUGUACACCAUUGCAACCAAUAAUGAUGGCAGUGAUGUUCAGAGGGCUCGUACAAGGUUUCGACAAGAUGAGAUGAUUACCGUUCCUUCCGUCAUUGCUAUGUACAACAAGUACAUGGGAGGAGUUGACCAUUGCGACCAAUACCGUUCCUACUAUAACGUUGGACGAACAGGAAGACGUUGGUGGAAGUACUUGUUUUGGGGAUUGUUCAACCAGGCUCUUGUGGGAGUUGUCAUCAAGACCGCAUAA